GAGGCUUGGCCACCACAGACCUGCAUGUGAACAUGUCAGAGGAAAUACAUGGCUGUGAAUGUCGUGAAGACAUCAGACAGAGACGUCUAGGAAGGAAAGUGUACCGGCUGGCUGCUGUGACUUUUGGACUCCUAUGCAUCCUUCAAGCUGGCCUUAACGUUUCAUUGCGUCUUUGUCAGAAGAGUCGUGAAGACGCCAACCACGUUUUUAAAAAUAUGGCCGAAGAAAGAGACAAGUUGGAGAAGAAGAUGACGAUGUUUGGUGAAUAUUCCCAACAAGGAUGGGUGUAUUUCAACAACAGUUUCUACUACAUUUCUUUGCUGGAAAACUCAUGGGAGGACAGCCGAAGUGACUGUCUGCAGCGCGGCGCAGAUCUGGUGAUUAUCAACAGCAAAGAGGAACAGGAAUUCGCAAGACAUUUCCGAAAGCCGAUGUGGAUCGGCCUGACUGACCAGGAGACGGAGGGGAAGUGGAAAUGGGUGGAUGGGACUCCACUGACCAUGAGCUACUGGGGCACCGAGGAGCCCAACAGUCACAAAGGCAGCAAUGAGGACUGUGGAGAAAUAAAGUUUUUUGAUGAAGAAAACAACUGGAACGAUAAACCGUGUGAAACUAAAAAUGUCUGGAUGUGUGAAAAGACCAUGUCCUUCUAAGCAUCCAAAUCAACCGUUUAUGAAACAAACAUCUACCACGUGCAGCUAAAGACAGCAGUGAAACAUUGUUUAUGGCCAAGCUGCAGGUAAAGUGGCUCACUGACAUACUUAUGCACAGUUAUAUUGCAAUUCAUUAACUAUCCUCUGCUUGCUAAUAAUCACAAAAAAAAAUUUAAUAUGUAAAUAUCCCCUCAAGUUUAUUAAUGAAAAAAAAGUCAUUUAUAUACUUUUAAACUCUUGUUUUGUUUGUUUGGAUAAAUUUGAGUCGUUUUCAGUGUUAAAGGAAUUUCCCUUCAGUGUUUUUUUUUUUUUUAAAGACCAGUACUGUUUAAAAAUGUUGAUGUUGUCUGUACUUAUCUCUGCUCAUAUUGCAAGACCAUGUAUACCACGGCAGUUUUGUGCUUCCAAUUAUUCCAGAUUUUUCAUUUUCGACGAAUGAAUCACUGUAAUAUGUGUGUUUGUCACAAAUAAACAAUCGUGCAUUUUG